GUACCUUGUAUCUCCCUUUUGAAUGUCAUCAACAACAACACCAUUAUACUAUGUAACUCCUAUUUGGACUUCAUCCAUCGAUUACACUAUUAUGUACCGUGCUUCUAUUCAGUAGAUCUACUAUCCGUCAAUUAUCUACCUCCAUCGACAAUACAGUACGUACUUCAAUGCACUGCGAGUCUACGAUCCGCAUCGCAUCAAUCUCUAUAUUCAUUUUUCCUAAUUUUGGACCUUCACAUCAAUCUCCUACACACAUCUCCAUUUAGUUGAAUUACCGAGUACUUCUUCAUUCAAGCACCUACCAAUACAGCAAUACAGCAUUGCUCAUUCCUUCAUUCAUUUAUUAGGUUGGGAAGUACAAGUCAAAGCUACAUUGAAACAGGUUGGAGCCGUUACAGCCUUAUCAAGGAUCUUCCGAGGUAAUUGGGGCAGAAUUGGGUCAAUUGAUAUCAUCGACGGUACGUUCAUAUCUAUUUUUUAAAUCAAUUGAUUCAAGCCCUAUGAGAACUUUCAUCUCUUGAGAUCAACAAUUCAUGCAGUAGGGUACUUUGCUUUAAAAAGUCCAUCUGGAUGAAAAUCUGUAAGGAGCCGUGGUUCAUCUUAUGAGUUCUUAUGAGAUAUAAAGUUAAGAAGAACCCUACCUACCUACUUACCUAGGUAUCUAACAACUUGUUCAAUUUCAUUCAUUUCUCAAAAGAGUACCCAGCGAGAGAGAGAGAGAGAGACAUAAUUCAGAUGAUUCCCUCAAAAUAAAUCACAAACGCAAUCGCAAUCGCAAUCGCAAUCUCAAUCUCAAUCUCAUUACAAUCUCAUUCUCAUUCUCAUUCACUGACCUGCCAAAGCUUCUUUCUGGCUGCCCAACACUCAUUCAUCUCUUUCAGCUUUUGUUUUCUUUCCAACUUCCAACCUUGUAUUUAUUUCCCUUAAAUACAUUUUAUUAAUGAUCAAGGCAUACAGGGAAUUUUAAUUCAAGAAUAAGAAUAUCCAUUCAUUCACCCCUCUCUUCAAAUUUCAAUCAAUUCAAUUCAUCAUAAAUUGAAUAACCCAAGCGUUCCCUGUCAAAUCUGCGACAGACACCAUUGUUUCCAUUAAACCCCGACCUACAAAGAUGGUUUCUUCAAUCAGACCAAGAACUCCAAGUGCUGGAACUUCUCCAUCACAUGGCACUGGAAGAUUAGCAGGAAUACCAGAAAACGGAAAGAAUAAUAACUCAAAUCCCCCUCGUCGUUCCAGUCUUGGUUUAAUACUACUUCGUCGUUCUAAAUCAGGAAAUUUAAGUUCAAAGCAUAAGAAAGAUCUUGCUCAAGUGCAAGAGCAACAGCGUGAAAGAUUACUUCGCGAAGCAGCUGCGAUCCCAAGAUCUCCACCUCGUCUUCCCGAUCUUGCUGAACCUACACAUUUUCCUUCUUUUGGUGGUGAAGAUAGACCGGAUUCGGCAACUUCUGAAAAGAGUGGUCACGGUGUACGAAGUUCAUCAAUGGAUCCUCAAGUCAGAUCAUACACAAUGAGUAGCACACUUAGUGUGCCAGUUCCUCCAAUUCCCUCGGGUGUUAGGAAUGGUGGUUGGGUUGAUCCUUAUGCAAGAACAGAGAGCAUGACACAUCGUGGAAGAUAUAGUUAUGCAAGCAGUGCGGUGAGCACAGUUAAUAGUCCUCGCAGAAUACGAAGACGCAAAGAUCCUACCCCAUUUAAGUAAGUUUCUCUCUUUGCUUCAUCCUCACCUUUUAUUAACAUCCCUACAGUGUCCUCAUUAUCGGCGCACGCGGUGCUGGCAAGACAUCUUUCAUCAAUUUCCUCAAAACAUCCCUCGCUCUACCUCCCAAGAAGAGAUCGAAACCAGAGCCAUUGGCUGAUGACAUAUUUGCUCCACGCACUUCGAAGUCUGGAAAAUUCCUUUCACAUUAUCUCGAAUCAGAAGUCGAAGGUGAACGUAUUGGUUUGACAUUGUGGGAUUCAGAGGGCUUGGACAAAAAUGUUGUUGACCUUCAGCUUCGUGAGAUGUCUUCAUUUCUCGAAAGUAAAUUCGAAGAGACUUUCACAGAAGAAAUGAAGGUGAUGAGAGCUCCAGGUGUUCAAGAUACACAUAUUCAUGCUGUAUUCCUCAUUCUCGACCCCGCACGCCUCGACCAAAAUAUUGAAGAUUCAAAGAAUGUUACCACAAAUGGAAAUGGUCACUUUGGAUCAUAUGGAACAGGCCAUCGCUUGUAUGGUAGUCUUGAUGAAAAUCUUGACUUACAAGUCCUUCGCACAUUGCAAGGGAAAACUACUGUUAUUCCCGUCAUCUCAAAAGCUGACACUAUUACCACGGCCCACAUGACGUAUUUGAAAAAGUCGGUUUGGGAUAGUUUGCGCAAAGCCAAUCUUGACCCACUUGAAGCACUCGGACUGGAUGAUGAACCCGAAAGCCCAAUUAUCGGUCAGAACCGCAUCGACGAAGGAGAUGAAGAUGUUGAUUCCGAAGAGGGUUCAGGUUCGGGUGGUUCUCCCAAUUCCAAGCGUCUUUCCUCAGGUUCAAUUCGUCGCCAUAAACGCGAGUCGGAAAUCGCCGAGAUUCCAUAUCUACCUCUCUCGAUCAUUAGUCCUGAUAUGUAUGAACCAGAUAUUAUUGGUCGUAAAUUCCCAUGGGGUUUUGCGGAUCCAAUGAAUGCUGAACAUUGUGAUUUUGUACGUUUGAAGGAAGCGGUGUUUGCGGAAUGGAGAGGUGAAUUGAGGGAGGCGAGUAGGGAUCUUUGGUAUGAGGGAUGGAGAACCAGUCGUCUUAAGGAAAGGGAGGGUAUGGCAAGACGAUGAUUAUCUGAGGAAUUGCUUGAGACAUGUGUCUUACCUUUUUGGUGAGCAUAUGUGAUACAAUAACUUUGAAGUCAUUUUAUUUCUGCGAAGUACGCGGGAGCAGCAUCAGUGCAAUCUGCGGCAGAAAAUGGUGUAGAAACUGGUUCAGCAAAACAUAUUUUCGAUUUCUUCCGAUACUUUGGACUUCAACUUCGAUCACAAUUACCUAUUGUGUCUCAUGUCUCGGACAUAGUUUAUUUUCUUGCACCUUUACAACUUUUCACGAUGGAUUUUAUUUUCUUUAUGUUCAAGUACUUCAGUCAAUGUCAGAUUGACAGGCAAUGGAUGGAUGGAUGGAUGGAAAGGAGUGGAUGCAUACCCCUUUUUUACUUUCGAUUUUCAUUUUCAACGUUUUCUCUUUUACGCGCAGUUUUACUUCCACUGCAUUAUAUUACAUUUGUGUUGAUGUAGUGGUUGUAGCUACGUUACGUUUAUGAGGUGUUCUCUUUUUCUUCUUCUCGCAGCAAGGUUUAUGAUUUGAUUUUUGAUGGUGGGCAGUUUUAGGGAGGGGGAGGGAGAGAGAUGAUUUUUAAGGUUUCUGUGGAUGGAUUGAUGGGUUGAUGGAUGAAGAUUUCGAUUUGUGACAGAGAUAGAUGGAUGGAUGAACAUGAAUGAGAUACAUGAGAGGAAGGAAGGCAGGGAGCAAGGAAGAAAAGAUUGAUAAGCAGAAAGACAGACAGAGAGGGAGAAGGGAGAAGAAAUGAAUGGAAGCAGAAAUAGGAAUAUAAGACUGAUUGCUUGAUUGAUUGAUUAAUGAUUGAUACCUAUGAAUUUUGAGCGGAUGGCUAGCUGGCUUUGUUUAUACUUUUCUUCUUGUUUUCUUUUA